AGCACCAUGCAGCUACUCGCUCAUGUCCCCCCCUUCAGUGGGAUGGGGAGGAGAAUUGAGGAAAAAAAAGUAAAACUUUUGGGUUGAGAACAUCAUGGUCUCCCGUGUCCAGAAGGAAGCUAUAAAAUCUGUGACAUUCCCCAGAAGAAACAUUUCCUGCAUCCAGCAAAAAAAGAAGUAUUUCCCUAGCAGGUCUUCAUCAGAGACCACUGAAUUUUUAGCAGCUGGUAGGAUUUCCGUACCUAAAUUUCUGAGCAUGAUCAACAGCUGAAAAUAGGAAGAAACAGCCACAUGUGCGUAACCAUGGAAUAUUCUUCAGGGCAGAAAGGUUCUUUUUUACUUUCACCAGAAAUCUCUCAAAUUGCCUGUGAUAGUGUCAAAAUAAAUCGUAGUGUUACAUCGUCGCUGUUUAACUGGCCUUUGCUAAAAAUAAAACACAAUUGAAAUUUCUUUUGUGGAACUUCUCACCUUAUUCUAGGAACAUAACUGGGGGACCUAUGUCACAACCUGAGUCGUGCCAGACAUUUUCUGGAGUAAACAGUCACGUCCAGAAAAUGAUUCAGAUUUCAGGAUGCACCAAGCCUUCACUAAGAAUGAAGGAUCUUGAAAAACAAGAUCAAAGCAAGCAGUCUAAAAUGGGACUCACCUCACUCGAGGGUAACCAUCUAAAAUUUUGGCAGUGAAUUCAUAUUGGUCAUCCAGGCUUCCUUUCUCAUCAACAGAUACACACACAGGCAGGACACGAUGCAUCUCACCUAUCCCUCUGUAACGGCUAUAGACAGAGCUGAAGAUGAUGCACUUGGACGGACCUUUAGAAAGCCAAAUACAGCAUUUCAACCCAUUUUUUUUCCAGUGUUCAAUUUCACUGCUGCCUCAGAAAGGUCAUUAUUAACUGUGCCUGAACUCCUUACUCUACUGGUCACACAGGACUGGCUGAUCCCCUGACAAAUCGUAUGCAACCAAACACAAGGUAAUGAAAUGCCUGAAGAAAACUGCACCGUACUGACCGAGUUCAUUCUCUUGGGUUUCACCGACCGUCUGGAGUUGGAGAUACCUUUGUUUGGACUUUUCCUACUCAUCUACACCAUCACUUUGGUGGGGAACGCUGGCCUCAUUUUGCUUGUCCAGCUCAAUGCCUGCCUUCAUACCCCCAUGUACUAUUUCCUAAGCAGUUUAUCUUUCUUAGACCUUAGCUGUUCAUCUGCCAUUGCUCCCAAGAUGCUGGUGAAUCUGUUAGCACAGCGGAAGACCAUUUCUUUAAUUGGCUGUGCAACCCAGAUGUUUCUCUUCGCUGCCUUUGCUGAUGCCGAGUGCCUCAUUUUGGCCGCGAUGGCCUAUGACCGCUACGUGGCCAUAUGUCAUCCUCUUCUCUACACCGUUGCCAUGUCCCGCAGGGUCUGCACCUCUGUGGUAGUUGGGGCUUAUCUCAGCGGGGGUCUGACCUCCCUGGUGCACACGUCUUUCACGUUCACGUUGUUGUUCUGUGGCUCCAACGUGAUCAACCAUUUCUUCUGUGAUAUUCCCCCACUGCUGGAGCUCUCCUGCUCCAGUACACGCGUCAACGAGAUCCUCCUCUUCACCCUGUGCGGCUUUAUACAAACCAGCACCUUCCUGACCAUCGCCGUCUCCUACGCCUGCAUCCUCAGCACCAUCCUCCGGAUCCGUGUGGCAGAUAGCAGGCACAAAGCCUUCUACACCUGCACCUCCCAUCUGAUGGCUGUCGGGUUAUUCUACGGCUCCCUCCUCUUCACGUAUUUACAGCCCAGCUCCAGCUACUCGCUGGACACGGACAAAGUGAUCUCUGCAUUUUAUACUGUUGUCUUUCCCAUGCUGAACCCCCUGAUUUAUAGCCUGAGGAACAAAGAGGUGAAGGAUGCCCUCAGGAGAACAGUAGAGAGAAGAGUGUUUUCUCAGUGA